AUGAGCAAACAUAAUUCGGAUUCCCCAUUCCACACUGAACGUGGAUCUGAAAGGAAUGCAAUUUUAUCUGAAGCCCAACAUCAAGGCCCGAGCGUACGGCGCGUAGCGUUCCGCGCGCGCCUCAAAGAGCCAUUAGACCACCACAGAUGGGGCCCUAAAGGGCUGAUGUUCAGCCGGGGUUGCGGGAAUCUUAAGAAUCAAAUCAUGACAACGAACGUGUGGGUAGAGCAGGAAUGGAACGACUACAAGUUGAAAUGGAACCCUGACGACUACGGUGGUGUGGAGACUCUGCAUGUACCUUCCGAACACAUAUGGCUGCCUGAUAUUGUAUUAUACAAUAACGCUGACGGUAACUACGAAGUGACAAUUAUGACGAAAGCGAUUCUUCAUCACGACGGCAAAGUAGUGUGGAAGCCACCUGCUAUUUACAAGUCCUUCUGUGAGAUUGAUGUGGAAUACUUCCCUUUUGAUGAGCAGACCUGCUUCAUGAAGUUCGGCUCCUGGAGUUAUGAUGGAUACAUGGUCGACUUGCGGCAUUUGAAACAGACGCCUGACUCAGACCGCAUCGGAAUGGGGAUUGAUCUGUCGGAGUACUACAUCUCAGUGGAAUGGGAUAUCAUGCGAGUCCCUGCCACGAGGAAUGAAAAAUUCUACUCCUGCUGUGAAGAACCGUAUCCUGAUAUCAUAUUCAACAUCACUCUCAGAAGAAAAACCCUGUUCUAUACGGUCAAUCUCAUCAUCCCCUGCGUUGGGAUCUCAUUCCUAUCAGUCCUUGUAUUCUACCUUCCUUCAGACUCCGGAGAGAAAAUCUCGCUCUGUAUUUCGAUUCUUCUAUCGUUGACCGUGUUCUUCUUACUGUUAGCGGAAAUUAUUCCUCCGACUUCACUAACGGUUCCCUUGUUAGGAAAAUAUUUGUUGUUCACUAUGAUGCUAGUUACAUUAUCAGUAGUUGUCACUAUCGUGGUGCUAAACAUAAAUUUUAGGUCGCCAGUUACCCACCAUAUGGCCCCGUGGGUGCGGAAAGUCUUUAUAGAUUUUUUACCCAAAAUAUUAUGUAUACAGAGGCCAGAAAAACCGCCCGAUGACGACGAUGAUAACGAUAAACCAAGCGAGAUACUCACGGAUGUCUUCGGCCCGGAUGAUAUGGAUGGAAAGUUCAAAGAAUGGGGUUGCGAGGAGUAUGAACUACCAGGAAUGCCUCCUUCCCCUCCACCUCCGCCAGGAGGUGACGACGAACUAUUCUCCCCACCUCCUGGAUCCCCGUGCCGCUUAGACUUAGAUGAUGGUAGCCCGUCUCUAGAAAAACCGUACGUUAGAGAGAUGGAAAAGACAAUAGAAGGUUCUAGAUUUAUUGCACAGCAUGUCAAAAAUAAGGAUAAGUUUGAGAGUGUAAGUAUUCAGUUGCCUUUAUACCGCUUCACUUUGAGCAGUGUCCUGACGAAUUGUUUCUUCCAGGUGGAGGAUGACUGGAAGUACGUAGCGAUGGUGUUGGAUAGAAUUUUCCUGUUCCUGUUCACAAUAGCCUGCGUACUGGGUACGGCGCUAAUUAUAUUCAGGGCGCCUACCUUCUACGACAACACGAAGCCGAUAGACAUACUGUACUCGAAGAUCGCGAAGAAGAAGUUGGAGCUCCUGAAGAUGGGCUCUGAAGGUGACCCGGGUCUCUGA